AUGAAGACUUUUUUUGUUGGAAAGCGUGACUAUAAACAAACACUAGCCUUGCAGGAAAUCAUUUUUAACCAAAAAAUCAAGCGCCAGAUCUCCGUCCUACGUAAUGAAGUAUCACUUCCUCUGCUACCAGAUGUAACAAUCAUGGUAGAGCAUGCGCAUCCUGUCUAUACCAUCGGGCGCCGCAACACGGACAGUGACCUUCCUAAGCCAUGCGACAUUACCGUCGUAAAGACUCGAAGGGGGGGCGGUAUCACAUACCAUGGGCCCGGGCAACUGACGGUCUACCCAAUUGCCAACAUUUUGACACUGUGGAAGAAAUGCACAACUGAGAAAGUUCGCUCGCCCAUUGAGUGGUUUAGUCAUGUUUUGGAGUCUACCAUGAUGGACACAGCGGCCCACUACAACAUCCCCACCCAUACUUAUAAAACAGGCAUCUGGUCUGAUGCUUAUCAAGAUCAGCCCCAUAAAAAACUAGGUUCGAUUGGACUGCAACUGGGAAGCUGGAUAUCAAUGCAUGGAAUUAGCUUUAAUGUCUGCCCUCAGCUGAGCUACUUUGACCGCAUCGUUAUGUGUGAAUUGCCUGGAGAAAGGGCCACCUCUCUAAAAAAUGAAUUUAACGAACGUGGACUUUCAGUUAGGACUCCCACGAUAAAUGAAAUUGCUGUUAUCCUUUUAAAAAACAUGGCGCAGCGAUUAACCCAACCAAUAAGCUACGAUGUGUGUUCAUUGGUGGACCUGUCGGAAGAAAAAGAGUGGGAAUCAACUUUACUCUCCCUUUCCGGCUACUUGACCGUGUUAAGCUAAUAAAAUAGUUCGUCUGGGGUAGAAUAUUGA